UCUGUGACUCCUGGCAGAUAUCUCUGGGAGUGUGCUGUGCUCUGCUGGAGACAGCAGAAUUGCCAGGGAGCAGCCCCAGACUCUUCUGCAAGAAACAACCCAAAGAGCAUUGAGUCUGUUGGGGUUGGCUCCCUGCUCUGUAGUUCCUUGGGAGUCCUCUCCAGCCGCUUGAAAUGUUGUGCUUCUCAUGGAGAUGGUGGAAUGUUGACGGUAGGAGCCUCCCAUGCAGUAGCAAAGCCCCACCAUGAGAUGACAAAGCCAGGCCAUGAAGUCACAAGGCCAGGCAUUCGUGUGCAGUGUGGGGCAGGUGCCACAGGCAUCACUCCAGCAGCUGCAGGAGCAGCAGCAGUGUCAGCAGAGCCUGCACUGACAGUGCCAGCAGUGCCAGUGCCUGCAGUACCUGUAGUGCCUGCAGUGAUUGUGACGGUGACAGCAGUGAGCAGUGACAGUGCCAGCAGUGGCAGUUCCAGCAGUACCAGCUGUGUCAGCAGCAACAGUGACAGCAUGGUGCAGGCGCGGUGGGCCCUGGCCCUCAUCCUCCUCCUGGUGGCCCUGCCAGCCGGGGGUGUCAGGGCUGCUCCGUGGCGACCGUGGGCAGUGGGUCCAGAGUAUCAAGACGGAAGGGGACAAUCUUCCCAGGACACAUCCAGAGUGCUACAUGAAAUCCUUGGACAGCUGAAGACGAUAGCACGAGGUGUGAACAGCCUCAGCCUCAACAGCGCCGUGGAUGGCAGAAGAUUCACCAGUGCUGUGGUGGGCAGGGCAGACCCAAACCUUGUGGAUGGCAGGACAGACCCAAUUGCUGUGGUGGGCAGGGCAGAUCCAAAUGCUGUUGAUGGCAGGACAGACCCAAACACUGUGGAUGGCAGGACAGAUCCAAACGCUGUGGUGGGCAGGGCAGACCCAAACUCUGUGGGUGCUGAUACCUUCCAGACGUACUGCAUAGAAGGCAUCGUGGCUGUCCUGGGCUCAAUGCUGCUGGGGAUGGUGCUGUGUUGUGUAUUCCACUUGUGGAGGAAGAGGAGAAAGCGCCUCGCAGCUUCGAGAGCCGGCUCUGAGCGCCCCAACAGCCGGGCAGAAGCCAGUAGAAUAUUUGCAGGAGCGUUUAAAUAAAGAUCAGCAGCACAAUCGACUGGAUUGUACUGGCAGCGAACCCAGGAUGGGGCCCACCCCCAGCACCCCUCAGUCCCCACCCUUGGCCCCCCCAGGGACACAAACCCAGGCCCACUGUGGAGUCAUAAAGCCAUCCCCAAACCUGGCAUCCCCAGGGACAUCCCCUCCAGACCCAGCAUGGUCUGAGAACAUGAGUUCCACCCCCAGUCCCACCAUGGGAUCCCAUCCCAGGUACCAUGGGGGUCCCCAUAGCCUCCAGGGCCAUCAGCCUCAUCCCUGUCCCAAACACCUCUGAGGACAUCAAUCCCAGCCCCAUCCCAGGUCCCAAACACCCCCAGGGCUGUCAGCCCCCCCUCAGCUCCCCAUUCUGAGUUCCUGAUUCCCUUUGGGGACAUCAGUCCCAGACCCAGUGACAUCAGAGGGGCCCAUUCCCACCCCCGGCCCCAUUGUCCCCAGACACAGCAGCCCCCCAUCCCUGGGCACCAGCUGCAGCCCCCACUGGAGACACCAAUCCCAGCCCUGUUACGGGGUCCUGUUCCCACCCCAUGUCCCCAGCACCCC